AGAAACUGGCCCUAUGGCUAGCAGAAUGCCUCUAAACUGUUUUCUGUAAAAACUCCAAGAUGUCUUGUUUGAAGUGGUAUCUCAAAACUCCAGUUCUGGUUUGUUUGUAUCUAUCUAUCUAUUCAACAGUAGACAGUGUGGGGAUGAAGGAUGGUAGGCUCUACACAAAACAAACAAGAACCUCAAAAUCUGUUCGAAGUGGUGGAGGACACUUUUGGGACAACAUAUUAUUCAACUCUGAAGCCGUGAAGGGACGAAAAGAAACUUCUAAAGCUCAAGUACUAUUAUCUAAAUGUCCUGAUCCACUUAGAUGUACAGCUAGAAAUUUCUGCAACAAUGAUAUGGUGAUGAGCUCACAAGCAGAGAACAAUCUUAAUUUUCAAACUGAUCAAAGAGGAUUUAUUUCCUGUGUAUCUUCAAGUGCCCAGCUACUCGGGGUUUGUUGUCAGCUCCAAGAUAAAGUUGGAAAGCUGAGAUCAGAUAUAUCUGUAGAUCUACUAAACCCAGGACAGAGACCGAGGAAUCCAUUUGUGGUGAUAAAUGUUUCUCAAGAAUCAUUUGUACCACCAAACAGAAACAUAAAUUCAGGAGAACUGUCAAGAAUCCAAGGGACCCUGGAGACAAGAGUGAAAGCUGCAAUGGCAAUGAAUGCACUUCGAUCCAUACUUGGGAACUCAGGAAAACACGAAGACGAUUACUACUGUGUAGCGAAGUUGACCGCGGAAGAUUCACAAUACUAUAAUACUAUAUCCGCUCCAAAUUGCCAAUAUUUUUAA